UGUUCACACGCGUAUCUGCCCCCUCAUUGGCUAGAAUGGUCCCAAUUUACCCUGCGUCCUCCCGACUGCCCUGAAGACGUUUCUGUUCGUUGUUUGAGUGGCGGCUUGAGCAUCUGGUCAAUAUAAUGGAUCAUCUGUGUUGUGCUAUUUAAUCUAACGAUACCGAAUAAACACAGUAGCAUGCUGGCCAUACAAAGACAAAAGGCCUAGUAGAAACACCAUGGAAGAGCCAGGAGGCAGGCCACGUUACCCUAAACAGGGAGGCCGGGAGAGGGUCGCGGUGGCAAACGAGGCAGAGGCCUGGAGGAACCAGGACGCUGGGAGAGGAUACAGCCCCAAGCCGGAGAGGGGUGGCCAGGGGAAGAGGGGAGGCCACGGUGGGUUCUACCGCGCCAGCCCCAAGAAGGGAGGGAUGGGGCCCCUCAGCAGUUCCCCUGGGGGGGCGGUGUUCAAGGGGGGGAAAAGCCCCUCUCAGAGGGAGGGUUUCCAGAGACCCAGGUACCCAGAGAGCCAGCAGGCAGAUGGCCUGGUUGAGGGCCGGGAGGCGAACUGGAGAGAGCGCCCCCCACAGCGCUGGAGGAGAACGUCUCAGGGAGAGGACCCAGGAGAGGACUGGGAGCAGGGACGGAGGGACAACGCUGACAACACAGCUCCCAGCUCAGGGGGGAAGAACUGUAGGAACCGUGACCGCAGGCGGGGUCUACGUGAGGAGGACCGUGGGCUGGUGGUGGACGAGUCAGCUCUGUCAACCAAAGAGCUGCUGGGGCUGAAACAGGCGGAGGAGAAGAUCGGCAGAGAGGAGAUCUUCCGUCUGAAGAAGAGGUCCCGCAGUAACCCCCGUGCUGUCUACACCUGCUGUCUGUGUGACGUUCUGCUGGACUCUGUCUCUGAAGCUCACAGACACAUCAAAGACAAGUGGCACAAGAGGAGAGCCAAGGAGCGUCGUGAGGAGGUGAUGUUGACGGAUCUCGUGCCCCCCGGAGCGGAGCAGGUGGUGGCGGUGGGUGUGGCUUUGGAGGGUGUGGUCAGAGAGAGAGGGAUGAGUGACCAGGAUGUAGAGAACAGACAACAGAUCGUCUCCAACAUGCAGGAAGUCCUGAUGUCCGUCCUGCCUGAGGUGAAACUCCGACUCUAUGGGUCUUCCUGCACCAAGUUUGGUUUCAAGGAUUCUGACGUCAACAUCGAUAUCCAGUUCCCCCCUCAUAUGCAUCAACCAGAGGUUCUGUUGCUGGUUCAGGAGAGCCUGUCUGUCAGCCUUCUCUAUGAUAGCCUGGAGGCAGACUUCCAUGCCAGGGUACCUGUGGUCAUCUGUAAAGACAAGGACAGGUCAUGGACACUUAUUGUGUCUCUCUCCAGGCUCCUCUGGUGUUCCAGAGGCUCUGCCUCUCCUCCAGCGGUGGGUCUCCUGUGGGUGGAGAUGCUUCGCUUCUAUUCGCUGGAGUUCAACAUGGCGGAGUGUGUCAUCAGCGUGCGCACCAGCCUCGUCCUAUCACGGGAGGACAAGGACUGGCCCAAGAAACGCAUUGCCGUGGAGGAUCCGUUUGCGGUAAAGAGGAACGUGGCUCGUACGUUGAACAGCCAAAAGAUGUACGAGUACAUUCUUCACUGCCUCAAAUCUACCUACAAGUACUUCGCCCUGCCCCUCAGGCAUCCCUCAGCCAACCACAAGACAGCAGAGCAGCAAGGAGCCAAUCACAAGCCAGGGCCUGGACAGAAGGAUCAGAGUGACGUUGGCCUUGUUCAAUCAGGGUUGAGCGAUGUCAUCCUGGAAUCCCAGGCAGCCAAUCAGGAGAAAGUAGAGGCUGAUGUUCAGCAGGAUUCUGACUGUGAGGAGGAAGAGGAGGAGGAAGAGGAGGAGAGCCCUUCAGAGUCCAAUCAAGAGAAAGAAAAGGAGGACUUGGGGAAGAACAGUCUGUCUGAAGAGGAGGAGGAAGUAUAUCCCAGACCUCACCGAGACAGUGUGACCACAGAGGACGAAGACCUGUUCCCAUUGGACGAGGUCUCGGGAGAGGAGCUUCUCUCUGAUGACGAGGGGCCAGACCUAGACACUCCAGGGUCAUUGGAUGAGGAGGAUGAGGUAGCCCCACCCACAGUACCAGAGGACCCGCCCAAGCAGGCAUCACCAGACAACAGGACCGAGGGGACCAGUGUUCUCUGCUAUGGGUUUACCAGACAGGCCUUCACCCGCGGCAGGUCCCACACAGUGGUGUGUAGUGUGUGUAAGCGGGACGGCCAUCUAAAGAAGGACUGUCCUGAAGACUUCCAGAGGGUUCAGCUAGCCCCUCUCCCUCCCAUGACACCUGCCUUCCUCACAACACUCAACACCGCCUGCCAGCAGUGCUACCGAGACUUUGCUCCAGAUGAGGUGGAGGUGGGAGUGAGAGAACACAUCCUACUGGACCUCGAGAGCUUUGUCAAACGACAGUUCACAGGUGCCAGCCUGAGGCUCUUUGGUUCGUCGAAGAACGGCUUCGGCUUCAAGCAGAGUGACCUGGACAUCUGCAUGAUGCUGGAUGGACAGGAGACCGCUGAAGGUCUGGACUGUAUCAGCAUCAUAGAGUCUCUGGCCAGACUGCUGAGAAGACACCGCAGCGUCAUGGCUGGGACGCUGUGUGGGUUGGUGUCUGGACCCUGUGAGAAUGUAGAUAUUGGGUCGGUGGCUGGACCCUGUGAUAAUGUAGAAUAUGCUAAAGUCCCCAUCGUCAAGUUCUACCACUCAGAACGGGCCUGGAGGGAGCAUAUCCCUCUACAACACCGUGGCUUUGCACAACACACGGUCUGUGCGUCCUACGCUGACAUCGACCCGCGGGUCAAGACGCUGUGCUACGUCAUGAAGGCUUGGAGUAAGACACAGAGGACCCACUGGUUAUGUCUGUUCACUACAGGAGGUGAGACACAGAGGGAACCACACCUGUUAUACAGCUGUACUACAGGAGGUAGACACAGAGGAACAACCUGUUAUACCUGUACUACAGGAGGUAAGACACAGAGGAACCCACCUGUUAUACCUGUACUACAGGAGAUUUAUGACGGGGAGGAGAAGCCAGAGGUACUAGUGGAUGGAUGGAACGUCUACUUCUACGAUGAUCUGGAAAACCUACCUGAGCGCUGGCAGCAGAGGAACGUGGAGUGUGUAGGGGCUCUGUGGCUGGGCCUGCUGCAGUUCUACACCGAGACCUUUGACUUCAGAGAACAUGUCAUCUCCAUCAGACAGAGCGCAGCUCUCACCACCUUCAACAAGCAGUGGACCUCUAAGUACAUCGUCAUCGAGGGUCAGUACUAGACUGACUUCAUUUAUUCUUUUCAACUCCUAGCACAGUU